ACUUCAGGCUUGAAACAUUCUCACAUAUCAGCAGAACAACCACGACGGAGCUGAGAGCUGCUGGAUAAACACUUGAAAUACUUCCACUAACUUUUAUACACGCCGUGUGGGGAUUUACAUGUCAGGCUGGGAGAACACUGACAAUACUACGGCCAACGAAUAGUUGCUUUUCUUUGGAAGGGCUGACGUGACGCUGAGCUGCAUCACAUCGCAGGUGAUUAUGCCUCCCACAACCCCGCCAUACGCCGGAAAGUUCAGCACUUGUGGCCUUUACAGCAACAACAACAACUACCCACAGCCUCACAGCCCUUAUCAUCACGGCACCUGUGCAAAGCCCACCAAGGAAAACAAGGUCUACAAGGGUGCAUACCCUGUGGCGGAGAACCCGUACGACAUACCGCAGGCUCCCAGCACGUAUUGUGGCGUACAUGUGGACUCUGUGAGCAUGAAGGAGCAUCAUUACAACAGCAGGGGUUCUGCUUUGGACAAGCUGUACGCCAGCGUGCAGCCUCACAGCACUUCCUGUCCCGCACGCAUGCACCGGCAAACCAGCAGCGGCAGCGAGCAGUCCUGUCGGAGCAACCCCGCCGCAAAAAGUCGGCUUUACGGACACGGCGUCACUGCUAGUUAUGGGGAAAUGUGUUACCAUGACAACAGUUUGGUUUCAGCAUCUCUUGAGGCGCUGAUCCAGCAUUUGGUUCCUACAGUAGAUUACUACCCCGAUCGAUCCUACGUCUUUACCUUCCUGCUGAGUUCACGCCUCUUCCUGCACCCCUACGAGCUUAUGACACGAGUUUGUCACCUAUGUGUGGAGCAGCAGCGCUGUGGAGACGCCCUGCUGGACAAGAUACGUUUCUGUGAAGUGGCGCCAAAGCUGGUUCAGCUGCUGACCGAAUGGACAGAGACCUUCCCGUAUGACUUCCGGGAUGAGCGGAUGAUGCGUUGUCUCAAGGACAUGACGCACCAUGUGGCCAGAGGAGACGAGUACUCAUGGCGAGCCAUGCAGCAGAUGACCCAGCGCCUCAUCAAACGCCUGUCGGCUCUGGGCCAAUACGAAGAGGCGACAGCUGCGCUAAAGUCUGUGGCGUCUGAGCGUCCCGCCUCCCUGAAGAGCAAGCGGGAAUCUGCACAAAGAAUGGACAUACUUGGCGUAUGCGAUGACCCCUUCGUCCUCGCCCAGCAGCUCACGCACAUUGAACUAGACAGGCUGAGUUUUAUAGGGCCUGAGGAAUUCAUUCAGACAUUCGCCAUGAAGGACCCUCUGGAGAACCACAAGGGUUUCUUUCGGAAGCGUAAAACCAGUAACCUGGAGGCUUAUGUGAACUGGUUCAACAGACUGAGUUUCCUCGUGGCCACAGAAAUCUGUAUGCCAAUGAAGAAGAAACAGCGAGCGCGGAUCAUCGAGUUCUUCAUCGAUGUGGCUCAGGAGUGUUUCAACAUUGGCAAUUUCAACUCCCUGAUGGCCAUCAUCACUGGGAUGAACAUGAGUCCUGUUGCCAGGCUCAAAAAGACCUGGAACAAAGUCAACACUGACAAGUUUGACAUCCUGGAGCACCAGAUGGACCCGUCCAGUAACUUCAGUAACUAUCGCACGGCGCUCCGCGGCGCCACCCAGAGGUCGGAGACGGCACACAGCAGUGAGGAGAAGAUUGUCAUUCCUUUCUUCAGUCUCCUCAUCAAAGACAUCUACUUCCUGAAUGAAGGAUGUGCCAGCAGGCUGUCCAAUGGACACAUCAACUUUGAGAAACUGUGGGAUCUGGCAAAGCAAGUGAGUGAGUUCCUGGUUUGGCGGCAGGUGGUAUGCCCGUUUGAUCGAGAUCGCAGAAUUCUUCAGUACGUCGUCACCACGCCAGUCUUCUCUGAAGACGAGCUCCAUCUGGCGUCUUACGAGAGCGAAGGACCAGAGAACAACAUGGAGAAGGACAGUCGUCGUUCUCUCCGAUCUUCUCUUCUGCAUCGAGAGAAUCGGUGAUGUGGACAAUCUCUUCUACUGCUGUCAAUCAAGUUUCUUCUCAGCCCAACAACACAACAAUCUCUUCUACUGCUGUCAAUCAACUUUCUUCUCAGCCCAACAACACAACAAUGUCUUCUACUGGUGUCAAUCAACUUUCUUGUCAGCCCAACAACACAACACAACAAUCUCUUCUACUGCUGUCAAUCAACUUUCUUCUCAGCCCAACAACACAACAAUCUCUUCUACUGCUGUCAAUCAACUUUCUUCUCAGCCCAACAACACAACGGAGACCACCUGCUUCCAGGAAGUGGAAGUUUUGAGCGCUUCAUUUUUAACGUCAUCAGUUAAAAAUGUCAGCAUGAAUUACUGCUCCAAAUACUAUUAUACUUAUACAAAUACUAUUAGUGCACUUGCAGCCUGUGUUGGUGACGUCAAAGAUGCACUUCCUGUUGUCUUCAACAUCCUCCUGGCAGCAUCUUCCUACAAUGAAGUCUUUUCUUCUUGAUGUAUAUAAACAUGUUUUGUAAUGUUCAAUCUUUCCUGUGUAUUUUGUGUCUAUGGGUACUUGUACUGAAUCCUUUGUGAAAACAGAGUUAUAUAUAUUUUUUUCUCAAAUAAAGUGAAAAAGCAAUGGUCUGCUUUGAUGAAAACCAAAUGAGCAGCAGGAUAAAUGGAAAGACAUUUAAUAAUUAUAAUACAUGAUAUAAAACCUCCAUUUCAGUGGACUCUGGUGAAGUUGAUGCAGCGGCCCUGCACACACACACAAAAGACAUUGAAUAAAUGCUCUAACAUUUCAUCACAUUAAUCACAGGGUUGCUGCGGAAUCAUUUCCAUUCACCACAAAUAUUCAUUUUUAAUUUAUGAUGCUUUAAUUCUGCAUGAGCAAAGAAUCGAGGAAGAAGAAAACUUGC